AUGCUUGUUGGAGGUUCCAUAAUCGCGAAUGCGGUUAUGGAAGAUUAUAAUGCCUUAGCUCGCAGGGAAGAGGAAACCAUUCGGUUGCGGGCUGAAGCUGAGGCGAUGGUGAAGGCUGCUCGAGAGGGUGCGGAGGAGAAUAAAAAGCUUUUCCGUGUUCGUCAGGAGCUUAAUAAUCUCAAGGCCGCGAACGCCGUUUUGGUCAAGGAAAAGGCCGCAGCUGAAGCGGCUGGUAAAGAGGCAGAGACACGCGGUGCAACCGCGCUGAAGGAGGCGGAGGCGCGUGCUGCCAAAUUGUUAGCGGAUGCGGAUGCUAACCGCACCAAGCUAAGCAAAGUUGUGGAGGAGCUCCAGGCGGAAGUGCAGAGCCGAGUGACCAUCCUUGAGGAGGUGAUUUCCCGCGCUACUGAAGCUGAGGCGCGGGAAAUGCAAGCUGAGGAGCGGGCAAGGCAAGUUGAGGAAGUCAGGGAUGGGUUGACCACCUCCUUGGGCCAAGUUACUGCGGAUCAUGCAUGGAUGCGUGAGCACGCUAUAGGGCAUAUUAUGGAAAGCAUACUUGACGCACCUAAGAACACGACUGCGGUUGCUGAGAUGAACGAGCGUGCACAUCAGGCUGGGUUCAAGGCUGGUUACAACAAGUGCCUUAGCGAUGUGAACCCGUUCUUUACUAGUAGAUUUACUGAUGAAAGAUCAGGCUUCCCCGGUGUAGAUACCGAAGCUACUUAUGACGCUGCGCUGGAUGCGUACAACAAACUUUCCAUUCCUGCCCUUGAUGAUAUUGAGAAAUGUUUAGGAGCGGAAGAUUACGUGGAUCGUUUGCACAAGCUAUUUGAACCACUGAAGGAGGAUGAAGGCACUAGUGGUGCAAAGGCAGACUAG